GGCGUUCAUUCAAGAUUUGACCGCUUGUUCGUUCGCAUAUGCACAUAGCUAUCAAUCAAUAUACACAAAUAGAUAGAGAGAUAUGUAUAUAUGUACACAGCUAGUCAGUCAGUCAACACGCGCACGCAUCAGGCAGACGGCAGGUACGCAAACGACGCACCGCGACACACGCACGCGACACACUCACGCAGACAGCAAAUCGUAUAUAAGCUCCUCUGGCCUAUGAACGUGGGAGGGGCAGUGAUAGGAAUGCAGAGAAUGAGAUAGGCACGACAGACACACAGGCAGGCAGGCAGGCAGGCAGACAACGCAAACGACGCACUACCACACCCAUCAGACACACGCACGCAGGCCGACACAUACAGACAGGCAAGCACGCACACAGUGCAUACGCACACGCCGUUAAAGGCCAUCCAUCCAGUGAGUGAGUGCUUAAACAAUAGCCAGCCGUGGGUCGGUCGGGUCAUUGGUUGGUUCGCUCAGCCCUCUUCCUCUCUCCCUCCCUUGUAGCUACCCCCGGACGUGCUUUCUCUCAGCCCUUCCCUUUGCUUUACACAUCUGCUUUUACAUAUCUGUUGCUGUGUGCGUCUGUUCUAGAGAGAAGCGGGAUGUGUCGGGCUAAAAAUCUUAUCACUCCGCCUCAUUCAGUCUCUCCAUCUCUCUGCUUCCCUCCUCGUCGUAGAGGUUGCAGAUGCACCCUUUGUCUUUUGUCCACUUGCAGGCUGAGUGUCGUUCUUUGUUUUUCGCACACCCCUCCUCCCAGCCCAUCCAGUUGUUGGUCAAGCAGCUACCGUGGUCCGUGUUCACACCGCAAGGGUUCUCCCCUGCACACACACACACACACACACACACACACAGGAAAGGAGGUGCUCCAUAUCUCCUUGCAAACACUUGCGUGGGCCAGAUCUCACCUUUGAACUCCUCCCGGUGCGAGGAUCCGCCUCAUUUGCCCGUGUCGCCCGCCUCCUUGGAGGCCACGUGUUGCUGCAGCUGCUCGAUGGAAUUGAGUGCGCUCGUUGCUGUGGUCUUGGAGACGUUCCUCAUAUUGGUAAGCCCCCGAUCCAUCAUGUUGGUAAGGUUCUUCACUUUGUUGUGGAUGAGCGCCAGCUGCUCCUCGACGGACGGAUCGCCAGCAGAGAACGCGCCACCGGCAGAUGCAGCUGCACACACACACGCGCGCGCACAAUGCAUCCAAGCCGCACACAUCCAAAGACACGUGCACACCUUUGUUGCUGUGGGUGCCUGCGGUCUGCAGGCGGAAGAUCUCGUCAGUGCGGUCCACAAACGACGCACCUGCACACAGCGGACAGGAAGGUCAGCCAAUAUGGCUCAGGAGUGAUGUAUACGCCAUAGAUCUGAUCAGAUGCACCCACCAGUAUGGCAGUCGUUGCCCUCGCAGUAGUCGCUGUACGUGGCCGAGGCCACAGCUACGGAACAUACGGCCGCCAAGGCGAUGAGGAACGCACACAUGGUCAUCACUCCCUUCAUCCCCGCCAGCAACCAAAUCGAAAACGCUCUUUUCCUGGACGACUGAGUGGGGGAUUGGGAGCGGUUCCUAUACAGCCGGCCAGAUUUCG